AUGCUCUAAACAAAUCGGGUUGCGAAUUGCGAUGACUUUCGCCAUUCAUGUCUGUGCGCCUUUCUCUCUCUCCCGCUCUCUGUCUUCCAUUUCCCCGAAAAUACUGUGAUUGGGACUUUCCAUCUUUACCAGCGCUCUAGCAGCAGUCGCUUAGGCAUCGGGGGUUCUUUAUCAUCAUCUGGCUCCGGGUCUUCUCAGUCAAGACCCAAGGCAUCAAAGCACAUACUGUCUUCUCUUCUUUGUGGUGACUACCCUCGAGAAGUUGGGUAUGCUAGUUCCGAAUUUGAACCUGGAACUUCAUCAGAAAGUAGUAGUAGCUUUAAAGAGGACAUAUCUCGUGAUGCUUUACCAAAUGUUGAAGCUAGCAGCCAUAGGACCCGAAGUUUGAGGAAUAAGCAGCCAAUAGCCCAUCUGGCUUCUCGUGAAUUGAUCUCAGAAAUUGAAACAGUCAGUAUGGUGGUUGAAGACAUUGAUACCCAGAAUUCUGAAAAGGAUGGUGAAAAUUCACGCAAUGUAGUGCAGGAGGUGCAGAACUCAUGUCCAGAAGGAGGGGAUUUUCUUGAACAUCCUGGAACUGAUGACACCAGCUCUAGUUCCGGGCCCGUUUCUGAAGUCCUUGAGUCGGCUAGAAGACUUGCAUUGCCUGGGGAUGAUAACCCUCAAGUAACUACAACUUCUAGUUCAAGAUUUCUUUUGGCGGGCAAUGAUGAGGAUCAGGAUCAGGAUCGAAGCAUUAGAGAUUUGUUUCAUGUUGAUGUGGUGAGUAUCUCUUCCAACAUCUUAUCUAGUAGUGUUGCUGAUAUAAAUAACCGUGACGCAAGAAGAAAUAGUAGGAGGCUCUUUUGGGAUGCUUUAUCGAGACACAGUUUAAGGAGGCAUAAUGGUUCCCCAACAAUUGUUUUUGCCACUGGAAAUGCUGAUGAUCUAGGGUCUCAUGACAGAUGGCUUAUUGAUUUGAAUGGUGAUCUCCACUAUGAUGGAGUUGGAUAUGGUUCCAGUUACUUAGGAGAAACAGGUCAUCACAGAAACGAACGACGAUUGCCAUCAAGAUCAGAGAUCUCUGAAAGAGUUCACAGAGGGCACAGAAAUCGGGUUUCACAACCAUCAUUUUGCCCAUCCGGGCUCCACCCUGAUGGUACAUGCUCGUGCGAGUCAUUCUUCACAUCUGAAGAGUUCAGUACCCUUGCAAGUAUUUCACGAAUAAUCAUGCUUGCCGAGGCCUUAUUUGAGGUAAUCGACGAGAUUCAUAGACAAUCUUUCUCACUAUCAACGUUCUCGCUCCCAGCUCCAGAAGCUACAGUAGAUGCAUUUCCUCUCAAAUACCACAAAACUUUAGAUCCCGUUGAAAAUGCGUUGGGUGAUACACAGCAGUGCUACAUCUGUUUGGCUGAGUAUGAAGAUGGCGACAAACUGAGGGUUCUCCCUUGUCAUCAUGAAUAUCACAUGACAUGUAUUGAUAAAUGGCUGAGGGUUCUUUUUUUUUUUUUUUUUUUUUUUUUUUUUUUUUUUUUUUUUUUUUAACUACCCUACUGGAUUCUUUAUCUGCCCGCUUUCCACGGGAAAUGUACCCAGUUGCGUUUACUUCAAUUCUCCAGUUUUCCUUUCAGGGUAUGCCCAGUCUGCAGAUGCAACGUUUGUAAUGGUCCCGGGCAAAGUUCCAUCUCAACCACAGAAACCCCUUUGCAAUGAUGCAAAAUUGUGAAUAUGCUAUGCAUACAAUACAUAGACACUCACAUAUACAUAUAUGUAUUUUCUGCAGUUGCCAUCUUAGCUCUGUAACUUCCUUUGCAAGGUGUAAUAUAUGGUCCACACUAAGUUUUCA